AUGUAUCUCCGGGCAGUCCAUACGGAGGCAGAUAUUCUCGUGCUACAACGACUGAUCCGGGAGAACCCCCUAGGCAUUGUAACGACGGCCAUCAGAUCACCACAGCACCCGCUCAUCCAGUCGAGCCAUAUCCCUUUUAUAUUAGAUGUGCCCGAGACCGCAGAUGGAACAUUGUCAAAUGGAAUACUGCGGGGUCAUAUCGCAAAGCAAAAUCCGCAAGCAAAGGUGUUGAUGGAGGCGUUAGCAGCUAGAAACGAGCAGGGUCACGAUACACUUGAGCUCUUGGAUGAAGUCUUGGUUCUCUUCAAUGGACCACACCACCACUAUGUCACCCCUAAAUUCUAUGUUGAAACCAAACCAGACUCCGGGAAGGUGGUUCCAACCUGGAACUAUUCUGCUGUAGAGGUGUACGGCAAGGUCAGCGUCUACUGCAAUUCCCAGUCGGACGAGACGAGUGCCUUCUUACAGAAGCAAAUUGGAGACCUAGUUCAGCACUCGGAGUCGAUAAUCAUGGGCUAUACUGGAGGGGAGAAGCCGUCGCCGUGGGAAGUGUCGGACGCGCCGGCUCCCUAUGUUGGGAUUUUGAAGAAGAAUAUCAUCGGAAUCGAGAUCAGGAUCGAUCGUUUAGGGGGCAAGUUUAAGAUGAGUCAGGAGCUGAGCAAGGGAGAUCGGGAGGGCGUCAUCAACGGCUUUGAGAAUUUAGGAACGGAGGUUGGCGAGGGGAUCGCAGAGAUGGUUGGAGAAUGCGGCCGGUUGAAAGACUCUCAUAAACGGGAAUGA